AUAUAUUAUAGUUUCAUGGCAUUUCAUUACAUUUCUAAGCUAGUUCUUGUGUCUUUUGAACAUGAAGGUGGCGUCCUAUGUAGCUUAUCAUCCAACGAUUCCCUGGACAUUGAGCCCCAGCAGCCUCCCAGAGACCCUCUGCUGCAGCUGGUCUCCCUGCAGAAGGCGUCCGGCUGCUGGGAGCUGGAUCCAGCUCUGGCUGCUGCUGUGGGAAAGACCAGCGAGGAGGUGGAAAACACAAAACCUGCAUCGGAGAACAAGGAAGUGUGGGCCACCAUUCUGGCUCUGAUCUGGCUUCAUGGUUUCAAGAUGGAUGCUCAGGAGGAGUGGGAGCUUCUGGCUAUGAAGGCUGUGUCAUGGCUCCGUGCUCAGAACGCUCCAUGUGUGGCGGAGUGUGUGGAGGCUGGAAACACUCUGCUGGGUUGUAAGGUGCAGAAAGAUGCCCUGGGAAUCUGAGGUUUUCAGUAAAGCAACUUCUCCUUCAGGAUUGUUGCACAGAAGCAUUUAAACUCUUUACUGCAAUGUUUACUUAAUCAAAAUGGCACUAUCCACAUUUAAAUUUGCAACUGUUUUAUUACUUCCUGCUACUUUAUGUAAAACAUGGUUAUUUUAAGUGACUAUAUGAAUAUUUUCAUCUAGUGAAAAUGAAGCCUGAACCUCUGGUUAAAUAUUUGUUAAUCACAAAAUAAUCUCCAUCUGUUAAGUGUGCAAAGUGACAACAAAUAUGCCUAUAAAUUCCUUGCUGCAAACUCUUUAAAAGUUCAAAUUGUGUGGGAACAUGUUAAAGAAAAAAGACUAAUAAUAAAUGUGUUGAAAUUUGUUUAAACUUCAAAUGAUUUUGAAAUAG